CGGAAUUAACCUAAUUCCUUAUAAAUUUUAUAAAUUUAAAAUUUCCCAUUCAUAAGAAAUCAAUAUAGGCUCAUUUUUCGAAUUAUAUUUUCUUAUUUGACAUUAUAAAUUUUCUUAAUUUAAUAAAUUGUCACUUGAAAAACCUCCCAAAUCAAUAUUUAAUUACUCAUGUUAGGCCAAAAUUCUGUUCACAAAUUAAAACUCGAAAUAAAAAGAAGAACGAGAUCUUUUAUUUCUAGUCUUCAUUAUAAUGCUGGUCCCGAAUACUACUUUUCCAAGUAAAUCUCCAGAAUUGUCAUACUUUAAAUCACCAUCGUCAUCCUAAUUUGCAGAAAUACUCUUAUCUAUAAUAUAAUUAGUGUUCGUACUAUCUUUAGAGAAUAAAGUAAGGCCAAAUCUACUUAAUUUAGUUGCUAAAUUAGACACCUUUACGCCAAAAACAGUCAAUGA